UUAAAGCGCUAUAAAUAAUCAUUAGAAAUAAAAUGAAAUGCUGUAUGCCUUUCUGCGAGCAGUCAAGAGAAAAUCUUGUCUCAGACACUUGCUCCGAAAUGGGAAAAGUUACUUUUCACUUAUUGCCCCCUAAACUCAGGAAUGCAUGGCUGAAAUAUAUUGGUAUAAAUGAAAGUGAGCUACCUGAUGAUGCACUGGUAUGCUCGCAACAUUUCCAAAAGGAUGAUUUUCAUGUGACCAAACGUGGAUCAAUGAAGCUCAAAAAAAACUCAAUACCUUCCGAGUUCAGACAUAAUUUAGGGAACUCUAUGUCUUCAGACGUUCAGGUCUGCAUGAUAUGCUUAGACACUGCAAGUAAACUGUGUCCAUUCACCAAGUACUUAAUGAAGGCUUAUAGUAAUAUAACUGGACUAUCGAAUAGCCGCAUUAGCGAAUUUAAUAUUGAACCAAAAUUAUGCACUGAAUGUGUUAAGAAAUUGAGACUUUGUAAUAAAUUUAGAGACAAAUGCUUGAGUUCCCAUGACUUAAUAUCACAAGUAUACAAACAGUAUGGAAUGUUAACAUUAGAAAAUAUAGCGAACGGAGCGCAACUAAAAUCGAAUAAAGCGAAAAACUCAGUCAGUGCACUGCAUUUUAAAAACAACUUAGAAGAAGCCCAAAAUGUAGUAACACAAAGCGCACAUAAUUCUGAACAAUGUGCUAAAUUAAGAAAUGAAAUAAACAGAGAUAUUAUUAUAGAUCCCAAAGAUAUUGUUAAUGAAGUAGGCUGUGAUUUAAAUGAUAGUACCAAAGAUGCACAGACUAUAAAUAUUUUAAAUAAAGACAACAGCAACACUGAUGUGAUAUGUUUAAAUGAUGACAUAGAUCACGAUAUGGAUUUUAUAAAUGAAAAUGAUAAUUGUGUAUCCAUUUUCAAUGAAAACAUCCCAAAAGAAGAUAAAAUUAAGAAUAAUAUUAACUCUGUCACGAUUAAUAACAAAAGCAGUAAAGCUACACCGAAAGUACAUAUUUUAGAUAGCGAAAAUACAUUUAAUAAAACUAAGGUUAAACUAAAAAAUGAUACUAAACUUAUAAAACGCAGACAAUUGCACGGUAAAUUAAGUAAAUCAAAUAAAAAGCAUUCUUCUGAUGAUAUGAAAAAUAUGGAGAAUGUUGCUAAAUCUAAAACAGAGUAUUUUGAAUUGAAACUGUUCACAGUAAAUGUUCUGAGUUACGAGGAACAAUUGGCUGAAGUGCAGAAGAGAAAGGACACAGACAGUUACAAAAGAUCUCGUUACAAAUGCACCGUUUGCUUCAAGGGGUACUGGUUGAGUAAUUCUUACAAUCAGCAUAUGGAAAAACAUACUAAUAAAAACGGUCACUUAGUAUGUGCGGUAUGCGGGUUCCACAUGAAGACUCGUUGCCGUCUCGUCACACAUAUAAAAAAGAACCACGACCUGCGAUUUAGUUGUAAAAACUGUCCGUUUACUACAAACAAUAAAUCUCAGGCCCAAGAUCAUGAGCAAUGGCAUAAUGGACGAAAGUUCUGUUGUCCACAUUGCGAAGCAGAGUUCACAAAACGCUCUUCGUGUUUAUCUCACGUGCGUAUAAAGCACCCCUCCGACUGUGUGUGUACUCUCUGCGGUUACUCGUUCAUCGGCGAGAGGGGACUGAAGUUGCAUAUCCGCAUUAAACAUCGCACCGACAAUAAACAGAACCCAUCCGGUCCGCUAUGCAAGGAGUGCGAUAUCCGCUUCGCGUCUGUCACCGCGUACGAACUGCACUUGAUGGUGUCGCCCAAACACAAUGCUGAAAAUAAACUCAAAAGAAACGAACCUCAACAAAAUAUCGAGCGACGUCCGUUGUACCCGAACCGCAAGAAAGAAGACGACGGUGGUGCUGCGACACUAUGUGAACUGUGCGGGAAGUCAUUUAAGGGGCCGGCAAAUCUACGCCAGCAUAUGUCAGUGCACACAGGCGAAAAGGGGUACAAGUGCGACAUCUGCGACAAGGGAUUCAAGCACAAACCGAGUCUCGCGCUGCACUCCGUGUGCCACGGCGCCAACCCCGCGCGCUACGAGUGCGGCGUGUGCGGCAAGAAGUUCACGUACAACUCCAACAGACAGCGCCACAUGGCGAUUCACCAAGACACAAGGCGACACUUCAAAUGCGACGUCUGCGAUAAAAAAUUCGCAGCUGCCCAAAGUAGGAACGCUCACGUGUCCCACGUUCACAGCAACGUGCCCUGGCCCAAGAGGGUCCGGAGCUCGAGACCCAGGGCUCCAGGGACGCGGCGUGUGAGACGUACUGCAGACACAAGCGAUUCGCUGGACUCGUGAGGCUGUGCGAAGCGCGAGUACAAGAACCAGAGCGCGUAGUGUGAUAUUUUCUACCUGCGUUAACUUAUUCGUUGGCGUGAAAGCUAAUUACGAUUUGUAUGAUAUCGUAGGAGCGCUAGUUACUUAUAAAAAUUUGUGUCACUUGAUGCCGCUGUUCGUUUGAUGAUGCGAUGCGUAAACUAAUCGAGCGGUUCACAAAUCCUAAUUUGUGAACCGAUCGAUUAGUUAUAUUGGUGCUAAUUUUAUUGAAUUUACUAAACUUAAUGCAAUCCAAAUGCUGCAAAUCCAUAAGAUUGCUACGGAUGAAUAAGAUCUGUAUUCACAAAACAGGCGCGGACGAUGUGACUAAAGAAAUCUCACUUAUUCCCCCCAAAAUACCAGAAGGGUACGCCCAUAUCACCAAUUAUAGGCAACUCAUAUAAACCUAAUCUAUCAAGUGACAGUUUACGAGUUAAAAAUUACGCACCGCCCAUUUGUUGUCGUAACUUUAGAUGCAGUCAUCAUCUAAGAGUUGGUGAAAUGUUUUUUUUCGUGGGAUCCUAUGAAGCGAUUUUAUUGACCUCUAAUUUGAAUUUACUAAAUGUAAUGCAAUCAAAAUGCUCCAUAAAAUGGCAAAACCUUUAGUGUCUUUAGGUUCAAAAAAAAGUUUUUAAUCAAAGUGUACUCAAUGGGAUGCUGAUAAUAAGAUCUGUAUUGUCAAAGUUGCGUAAAGAAUAAAGAUUACUAGUUAA